GAACUAUAUGGUUCACAUGGUUGUGCGGCGGCAUGAGAAGAGGUGACGUCACAAAUCGUCGAUAACGCUGACGAUAGUAUCCUCGGCUGAGACAUCUCCACGAGCUAGAAGCAGCCAUGAGCGCACUAAGCACUGCAAUGGCUUCACCUGCAGUCGCGGCCUCCCUGCUGCUGCUGUGGACCGCGCAUGGGACGACGUGCAUGACGAUCGGUGAGCCGACGCCGACGGAAGUAGAACACGGUGACCUCUCGCGGCAGCCGCCGCAGUACGUCAUAGAGGUGGUGGAGUACGUCACGAGGGGGUACGACAUCGAGGAGCCAUCGCUGUUCGUGGUCACCAACUCGACGAAGAUGCCAAUUUCUCACGCAGUGAGAUCGGUGAACCCUUUCCUGCUGGUGGCCCUGGUGGUCACUGCCUUGCUUGUCCUGCUGCUUGGUUUCGCCUACGUGACGCGCAAGAGCGACACCGAGGACCCGGACUCUCCGGCUAACAGGCAACAGCAGCGCAACGCCAGCGCCGCGUCGCGCCACAACGGUGCCUUCGAGCAAGACACCGAAGGCACGGACGCCUGUCCCGCGCAGCCUCCUUCAUACGACGACGUCGUCAAGGUCCCCUGGACCAUAUGGGCGGCCACGCAGCAGGGCGUCUUCACGCAGGGCACCGGUGCCACUCCGCCGCCUUCGUACGAAGACGCGAGGAGGACUUUCCCGUUCCCGGAGUGCGCGCAGUGAUUACGUCACGACACUAGCGAAUCGGACUUAAUGAAAGUCGUUCCUCCGUGACGACGUCCUUACACCCUUCUAGGACGUCACUCAAUGCGCUAGUCAGACGCGACUUGAAGGAAGACGACGUCAGAAGGCAAGCGGAUCUGACAUGGCGGAACUCUCAACUCCGUUCGUGACCAACUUCGUAUGACGUUUAAACUCCCGUAGUGCAAGUUUGUACGACGUCAGUUCGCGAGCCAGAAGGAUGUGGCCCGAAGUAAUUCGCUUACUCUCUCCCUGAUAUGACGCUCGCAGGACGUUCGUGCUUCCGCAAGAUAGUGCCCUAUGACGUCCCGUUUAUGACGUAUGGAGGAAGGCGUCACAACGCCAGUGGAUCUGACCGAACGGAAGCCUUGGCUCCCUUUGUGACAACCCUUGUAUGGCUUCUCCAUGGACACAUAUAGUGCCAACUACAAGGACGCAAGUUCGUGAGCCGGAUGGGUGGGGCCCAAUGGCAUUCUCUUGCUCUGCUUGCGAUGACGCUCGCAGGGCUUUCCGCUUUCGCAGCGUGCCUACUUGUGACGUAGCUUCUCUGACGGACGUGAGACACGUUAAAUGGCUGCAGGUUGCGCAACAAAGUUACGCGCCUGCUUCGGGAGUGCUCCGUGUUCGACGCCAUGGCGUGGACGGGUAGUGUGACCAUACGGAUUGCUUUGUCCUCCGGUGAAGCCCGAUGAUGGUAUCUUACAAGCUGCGAGGUGGUACGCGUGUUUCGUUGUGGAGUGUAACGGGAGCUUCUUAAUGAUUCAUUGGCCAUAAUAGUGAGGUAGAAUAAGGAAACGACGAGCGAAAGACAUUUCCUUCUCGUGCCAGAAAGUCACCCUUCUUGCCGAGUUAAGAAGAGUCAGUACUUCACUAAUCCAUUGGAGGAAGAGAACCCGGAGCUACUGCGUCAAUACGCGCGUGUGUACCUGCUUUUAGAGACGUUUGAACGGGAGCAGCUUCAACAGUAAGCUGAGCUGUUGAACAGAUGUGUGCGACUAGGAAAUGUGUGACUAGAAAUGGAUGACUGCCCACCGUACUUCAGCAGCUGGGCUUGCGUGGAACCUUCGACUAUGAACUGAAACUGCCGUGAUAGCUAAGACACCAUAAGCAGGCACGUUCACGACAUCGCUCACCAGAGUACGUAAUAUUCACCAACGCGCCCAUCAGAAGCUAGUUUACAAAUUGCAAGGGGUGCGGCGCCAUCGAUACUGCUUCCUCUGCCGUGUCACAAGAAACGAUUCAUUAUUUCUUACUUCCUAUAACUGUAGUUAAAUGUCAGAUUUUUCAAGUCACGUCGGUAGUCCCCAACACUGGAACCACUUUCCGCAUAAGAGUAUAGCAAGAGUGCCCAAGGAUUUGUUUUAGUGGGCGUCAUGCGAAAGACAGUGCGUGUUAUUGAUUUGUCACGAGAACGUUUUAACGAGCAGGAUAUUACGUCAUCAUCGUCUCCAUCAGCCCGACCACGCCCACUGCAGGGUAACGCCUCCUCCCACGUGACUUAUGCCGUGUUUUGCCAAUCAACACAUUCCCGUACUUGAUGCGGCUACUUUAUCCCCGCAAGCUUCUUAAUAUCAUCUGCCCAUCCAAAUUUCUUCUUCCCUCUCGUACGCUUGCCUUCUCUUGAAAUCCAGCCUGUUACUCCUAAUGACCAAGGGUUACUUUGCCUACUCGCUACAUAUCCUGCCCAUUUAUUCUUGAUUUAGGCUAAUUAGGAUCUUCUUAACACCCGCGUGUACUCUGACCCAAUCUGUUUUCUUGUCUCUUAAGAUUGCAUCUGUCAUUAUUCCUUGUAGAGAAGUACAUGAAAUUAAGAUAGCGGUAAACAAGGGUGGACUGAUGUGACUUGUGAGACACGGUCGUCGCGGAGCUUUGUACACGUUAGUCCGUGCACAUAACUAGCAGGUCAUUUAGCGGCACAAGCAUAUGUUUGUGUGACAAUCUGAUCAUCAGUCCCGUUGCCGAUAUUCCGACAGGCGCUUACAUUUCAUCCCCACGAAAAAGAUUGCUCAAGCGUUUAUAAUCCAGGAAGCCUUUCUUGACGCUGAAACGUCUCAGAAUGGCGCGAUCGAUUGAGCGAACGGCUACGUGCAGUAUCAGUUAUUUAUAGAACUACGAGACCAAUGAAAUGACUCCGGCCCUUUCGUGAGUAGAGUGCUGCGGGCGCUUGUGAUCAGUGCAGAGCUCGACUGCUUUAGAAAGUGUGCUAUAGUGUGAAAAAAGAAGACUGCAUAUUAUGUUAGUCUGCCUUGGAACACGUCAUCAAAUCAUACUGUGGAUGUACCUUGUGCCUUUGCGUGGAUUUCCAGCUCCUCAUUAAAGUCGUCAUCUAUCGUG